UUCUCCAGGGUUUUGCAUCCUCACACACACACCCUCUUCACGCGCGCUCGACAAUGACGAAGCUUAGGAAGCUGAAUCGCCCAACGGGCCAUCGACUUUCCAUGCUCAGGACGAUGGUUUCGCAGUUGGUGAAGCAUGAGCGUAUAGAGACCACAGUCGCUAAAGCCAAGGAAGUUCGUAGGCUUGCUGAUAAUAUGGUGCAGCUUGGGAAAGAGGGAACUCUAUGUGCUGCAAGGCGUGCUGCUGGCUUUGUGCGUGGGGAUGAUGUUCUUCACAAACUAUUUACAGAACUGGCCUAUAGAUACAAGGACAGAGCUGGUGGAUACACUAGGUUGUUAAGAACAAGAAUACGUGUUGGUGAUGCUGCACCUAUGGCCUAUAUUGACAGAUUCAUUGAUAGGGAAAAUGAACUUAGGCAAUCAAAACCACCCACUCCACAGCUACCACAAAGACCAGCCAUGGAUCCCUGGACAAAGUCUCGGCUCAGUAGGCAGUUUGCACCCCCUAAAGAGGAGAAAAGCACCGACUCUGAGAAUUGAAAUAAGAUGCCCUUUGGCUUAUGUUUCCUUUCCCUUCUAAGUUCUAAUAGAAAAAUGAAAAAUUUAGAGAAAUUCCAUGGAUAAAGAAGUGAGUGGCAUGAUGGUGGUUGGGUCCAGAGGGGGUUGCUAACUAACUGUUUGACUACAUCUGGUCUACUGCUAGGGCCCAAAAAACUCAAGUUUGAUGGCUAACUAACUGUUUCAUGGUUGUUUUGUUUGUCUUCUUUUCCCUCUAGAACCAAAAAUAAAAUAGACAACUACAAUAUUUUAUAGUUAAGAGGAUAAUAUAUGCACAGAAUAUGGUUAUGUACAACUCACGAUAUGGAGACUUUCGUAGCGAUGGGUGCAAGGCUUCAACUCACUA